UAUUUUUAAGGGUUUAAAGUGCUUUAAUAUAGGACCCUACACUACGCGUGUCAAGAGGCAAGUGACAGGCGUGUUUUUAAAUUACAGUGUGUGGUUAUCAGUGAGUGGUUAUUCAUCAAAUGUUGCGUUUGCGAUAUCAACUUACUACUAAGUAUAUUCUAAUCUAAACCGUCUUUCCGAAGUAGAAGUGGAAUAACUAUUUAUUACAAGUACCUACCUAUUACACACAGAUACUUGUGUAAGAACGGUUACAAAAAGAUUUCAGGUGUUAUUUCGUAUAUGACAAUUAUGUGGUCGAUAUCUGAUUCUAAUCUAUAAAACUUUGCGUGAUACAAUGGAUAUCGACCGUACUAACUAUUAGCUAGUAGCUAACCCAGUCAACAGUAUACCAUUCUGACAUUAAUGAUGUAGAACUCGUAUCAACAUAACAUAACCAAGAGAUACCUAUAAUGAGAGUGCAUCCCCAAGGCCUGCCCAAAUAUGGCCCAGGCUUCAGAAAUCGGAAGAGUUGGAUUCCGGAAAACCCAAAGCCAAAAGACAAAUCUCUUGACGAUGGAGCGAUAUCGUUAUUUGCGACCAGUUUGCGACAUCAAACAACUGAAUUUUUUAACAAUUCCACUUUGCAUGGCGUGCGAUACAUCGCGGAAAAAGAACGUCCUUUUUGUGAGAAGUUUAUGUGGUUCAGUUUUGUGGCCAUCGGGGCUGUUGCUACGUGUAUUAUUAUUGUAAGUUUGUGGGAGAAGUUUCAGACUAAUCCGACGAUUACAGGCUUGGAUACAGAUUUUCAUAACUGGGACGUUCCUUUUCCUGCUGUAACCUUAUGUGAUCAUAAUCCAGUGGAUGACGAGUUGCUUCAUGAAUACAUUAACAAAACAUGGGGAUCCAAUCAACCGUCUAAGGCAGCAGAUAUGCUGCGGUGGUUGGCGAACCUCAGUUAUGAAUCAAUUGCUAGACGAGCUUCGGAAUUCGCAAGUGACCAUGAUAUAAUGGCACACAGCCAGGUGGAGGUUUUAGUGAAGCCGAAAGAAGCAGUUUUCAGCAUUGUACGACACUGUGAAACAUCGUUCUACGACUGUGAAUGGAAAGGAGAUCCCGAGGAGUGUUGCGCUUUGCUGGUGCCGGUGUUCACUGAGAUGGGAUUUUGUUACGGUUUCAAUUCGCGACAUGCUGAACGUUCGUGGCCUUGGCAAGCCCAAACCGAUCUCUUUACGGAAGCGUUCAUUCACGAAACCGACGCGAAGUGGUCCUUCAUGUACAAUUCGUUCCGCAAUUAUACAACUAUUGAUGUGUACAUACAUUCUACGGAAGAAAUGGCGGGUUUAGAACAGAAUGCUCAGCUCUCUUGGGAUGGUCGAGUGGAAAAAGUUUCCUUCUCCGUCAAACACACGUAUACGACGGAGGAUGCGCGCCAACUCUCCAUUCGCCAGCGACGCUGCAUCUUCGCUGAUGAACAGAAACUGGAAACAUCUAAGAUUUACACUUACACGGCGUGCAUGCGACAGUGUCGGAUGCGGCGGUGUCGGUCUUUUUGCAAAUGUGUACCACAUUUUUAUCCUCUCAUAAAAGGCUACAAGCAUUGUACGGUGCAGGAACUCGAAUGUAUAGCCAAGCAUGUGGCGGCCAUUACAGACGUGAGUGGCUGCGCGUGUGAAUUAGGAUGUUCCCAUACCGUGUAUGAGGUUGAAAAACUGACUGACAUCGAUACCAACAAGGCACCCACACAGACCAAUUCCCUCGAGACAGAAUUCGUUUCUUGGCCCAUGGUGAGGUACAAACGCGAAGUGCUUUUUGGUUGGGUCGACCUUUUAGUAUCAUUCGGAGGCAUAGCGGGACUGUUCCUCGGGUUCUCGCUACUGUCGGGCGUGGAGCUGAUCUACUACUUCACGCUGCGCGCGUGCUGCGCGGUGGUGCGUGACGCUGACACGCUGCGGCGGGAGCGCGCCGAGCGGCGGGCGCGACCCAAGCCGCCGCACGACUUGAGCCUUGUGCCGUGGUGGAAGCAACCUCCGGUCCCAAUCGAGAAGCGUCCCAUAAAGGUGCAAGUGAAGGAUGCCCAGCCACCGCAGUAUUCGCCGCCCCCCGGCUAUCCGACUUUUUUGCCUUGAAAAUUAAAAUAUCGAUUGUACCUAUCAGCGGCGAAGAGUUCAUGCAAGCAGAUUCCCGCCGAGUUACCUUUAAAAUCAUGCAUAUUCAUUGUUGUGCUGUGUCUAAAUAUAUGAGAAACCGGAGUCUGUAUCACGCUAUAUGAAUUUCCUUUUCUUUGGGACUGCUUACCUUCAUGUAAAUUCCAUCCAUUGCCACUGGUACCUAUGUAGGUACAGUUGCAUUGAUGCGCACUUGUCAGUGAAUAAAAAAAUAGUAAAAAACUCUAAAAAGCGAAGAACUACUUUAAACCUACAUAGCUAUAAGUACAUAUGGCUUAUAACGGUUUAUUAAAAAAUAAUUUGAAAUUUGAGUUACGUGUCGUAUUUUAAGUGUUAUAAAAUUUUUGAAUGUAGGUAUCAAAUUAAGAAGCUAGAUAUAUUUUGUCAGUUAGGUUGAUAUUCAUUAAUGUCCGUAUUAUAAUUAGGUAGAUAAUGAUUACAAUAAACUUUAAAGAACAGCGCUAUUUUUUAUUUAUCUCUUUAAUUCAUCCUUUUAUUGUAUAAACAAAAUCAAAGAUAUUUCACAUAGUGGCAUAGUCAGAACAAAUGUGAUAACAUUAAAACACAUAUUCUUAAUUAAAGUUUUAUUUCAUAUUUUUUGGUCACAUCCAUCUAAAAAUGUCACAAUUUGUAAAGUUCCAAUCGAACUACAUUACCAUGACAAAACAGUCAACAGGUUCAAAAUAUUCGAGAAAUACAUCUAAACAUACAACAAGAGUCCAAAACGAUCACGAUAAUGCAGUUCAAUAAAUAACAAGAUUUUAUACACAUAUACCUAUCUCGGCUUUAAAUAUUCUAAAUGGAUAAUAUUUCUAUAGGUAUAUAUGCUUCAGUAACUUAAAGAUCGACGCAUUGGGAUCUUAGCUAAUUAAUAUUUGCAUAAAUAUUCUAAUCUUAUAAAAACAUCUUGUUAAUAACUGUUUUAAACACGAUUUCUUUCCUUCUUUAAGUCAAGUUAGUGCAGCGGCUGGGAGUUGAACCUAAGACCUGGGAUUUCUAUCCAUCUCAUAAGUCUUUUAGUUAAUUAAGGUUUUUGAUUGGUUAAUAAAUAACCCUUCUUGAAUGUCGGGUAAUAAAAAGCAACUAAGCAUAUUUCAGCCAAUAGAAAGAUUGAUUGCACAAGUUGCCCUAUUUGUGGGAACUGCAAAAUUUAAUUGACAAAUGUUAUAAUUAAGUAUCUAUAUUGUUAUUAAGUACCUAUUCAUGUUUAAGAAUAGCUUUUAAAAUCUAUAAACUUAGUAGGUAAUUGCCAUUUUUAAUAUUGCAGGUUUAAAUCUAAACUACUAGCUGAGGUUAUCUAAAUUAUUAAAUACAAUACAGUAGAUAUUAGUAGUUUGGUUUUAGUAAAAUUCAUUUUUGAUGUUAAAAAAACUUAAAAUGCUUACUCGUGCCACAGGAAAGUA